UUCUCCAAUCUUUCUUUGGCGUAAGCGAGUCAGUGAUUGUUUCAGUAACUCACUGAGUCAUGGGCGGCGACUCACGUUACGAGAUCGCACAGGACGCAUACGUAAAGCUUAUCCUCCAUGCCCUAAAGCACAAGGCCUCCGCCGUCAACGGCCUCCUCCUUGGUCGCGUUUUCCCCCAAAACGACGUCGUCGAGAUCACCGACUCUGUCCCUCUCUUCCACUCCCACAUAGGCCUCCUCCCUCAGCUGGAGAUCUCCCUCCUCCUUAUAGAGGAGCAUUAUGCCGCAAAAGGAAUAAAUAUUGUGGGUUAUUUUCAUGCCAAUGAGAGGUAUGAUGAUUACGAGCUUGGCGGUGCCGCCAAGAAUAUUGGUGAUCACAUCUACCGGUACUUUCCGCAAGCUGCUGUUCUUUUGUUGGAUAAUAAAAAGCUUGAAGCUUUACCAAAGAGUAGGGACUGGAGCCCAGUAAUGCAGCUCUACACGAGGGAUGCAUCAAAGAAUUGGAAGCCCGCAGGAUCUGAUGGAAGCAGCCAGUUGAACAUUCGGGAGCCAUCGGCAAAUGUAGUACUACUGGAUUAUAUUUCAACUGAAAAAUGGAAGGAUGUUGUAGAUUUUGAUGAUCACCUUGAUGAUAUCAGCAAGGACUGGCUGAAUCCCCAACUCUUCAAGUAAUCUUGUCCUUGGUUCCUGCUACCAGAUUGUAAUGCAGCUGGUUGAUGUUUAUGGCUAACUCAGUUUUUAUUAUACUGGAUUUGGGAUGAUAAGGCUAAAAUGGAUUAGCUGGGCCUGGUUUUGGGGACAAGGCUAAAUUAAUCAGAGAAUUUGGUCGACCCCCACGUAGCUGUGUGUGUUGCUUUAGAGAGUUUUUUUCUUGGUUUGGUUUGCAUACCAAAUGGAAAUGUAUUCUCUUGUUUUAGAUUGAAAUUCGUGGAGAAUCUCAUUGGUUUCUAGUAUCAACCUAGUAAAGAGUAUUAUUUGUCCA